AUGGACUCAGAUUCCUCUAGAUCGCGGAUUGACCAGUUCUAUGUUUCGAAGAAGAGGAAACACCUCUCACCAAAUCUGAAGUCUGGGAGAAACGAGAAAAAUCCUAAGGUGACUGGAGAAAGAUCUCCUGGAGACAAAGGCACUUUGGACAGUUACCUGAAACCAUCCCUGGAUGACAAGAGCAUUUCCAAUAGUGCGUUGCAGGCGAAGCAGAAAGCGUUUACGAAAAAAUUGGAUCUGGAGGUUUCUCGCCCCCCUUAUGCUGGUGAAAGUAUACAUCCACCCCUGCCUAAACCUGCAAACGCUGAAAUUUCUAAAGGAGCUGAAGGGUGUUUGAACCGGGGAGAAUCUCGAGUCCUGCAUAAAGAAGGUGUUGCUACAGCCGAGAAUCAUGCACCAGAUGUUUUGCUCUGUGCCAACCAGAAAGAUAAUUCGGAAUUAAGAGACUUUGCUACUGGUUUUUUGUCCUUGUAUUGUAGCGAAGUGCGGUCUGUUGUUGGCUCACCUACACGUCAGAAGGCAAACGAAUUGAAGCGUUGCGGCAGUUCAUCGUUACUUGCUCAAGAUGUGCAAAUUUCUCACAAGAGGCGUUGUGAUUCCGCAAAUAUACCAUCACUAGAUGCACCUGCAUAUCCUCUCGGUAGUAAGCCCGUGUCAGUUGCUAAUAUUGUUGAUAAAAGAGAUAAAUCUGUUUCAGACCCUGCGAAGAAGAUUCCAAGGAAUGAAUCUGUUGAAAUUCCAAUGGGCUUGAGGAAGUGUACUAAGGCACCAGAACCAUCUGCUCAUCUAACUGAAUGCCGCACGCCUGGAUCAGCCGUUAAAUCAUGUCAUGUUGGAACCCCUAAGUCAGGAAGUGGUAGCUCAAUUUUCUCUCCUGGAGAUUCUUUCUGGAAUGAAGCAAUUCAAUUUGCUGAUGGUUUGUCAGUGCCAACUCAGAACUCUGGUUCUGUAGAAGCUAAAGACAGAGACAAUGAAGAUAACUGCGGUGACAACUUAAAGAGAAGUUUAGAUUUAGAUGAAAGCAGAGUAAAGGAUAAAGAUGCCACUGGCUAUUCAAAGGUCGCGGAGAAGCAUGGGAGAGAUUUCAAUAAAGAAGUAUCUCCGCUCCCUGUCAAAAACCUGGAACUUUUGUUUCAAGAUAGAAAAGCAAAUGGAAGCACCCGAGAGCAAUGUACUUCAUUUGAUCAAAACAACAUUACUCGAGGAAGCAGUAGGAUCUCUCAAUCUGCUUUGGUUGAUAAUAGAGGAUGUGGAAGUCUUGAUGUUGCAAAUAAAAAUUUGAUAGGCAGAGUGUAUCCAGAUCCUGAAGAAAAUAAAGUUGUAGUGUGCGAGGACAACAAUAGUGUGAGAUCUGUCCCUGCGAUAAGCAACAUGAGGAAAUCAGCUGAUUCUAGUGAAUCCGAAGAAAGUCAGACUCCUUCAAGCUAUUAUCGUAAGAAAGAUGGUUUAAGUCUUAGCACCUGGCUUCCCUCAGAAGUUUGCAGCGUAUACAAUAAGAAAGGAAUAUCUAAACUCUAUCCAUGGCAGGUCGAGUGUCUUCAGGUAGAUGGUGUUUUACAGAAAAGGAAUCUGGUCUACUGUGCUUCUACAAGUGCUGGUAAAAGUUUUGUUGCAGAAGUCUUGAUGCUGCGCCGGGUCAUAGCAACUGGAAAAAUGGCAUUGCUUGUGCUACCUUAUGUAUCCAUUUGCGUUGAGAAGGCGGAACACCUUGAGGUCCUUCUUGAACCACUUGGUAAGCAUGUUCGUAGUUACUAUGGAAAUCAAGGCGGUGGAACUCUUCCUAAAGGCACUUCUGUGGCUGUCUGCACGAUUGAGAAGGCAAACUCUUUGAUAAAUCGCUUGCUUGAAGAGGGUCGUUUGUCUGACCUUGGGAUAAUUGUUAUAGAUGAGCUGCACAUGGUGGGCGACCAACAUAGGGGUUAUCUUUUGGAACUUAUGCUGACGAAACUUCGUUAUGCUGCCGGUGAAGGCAGUUCAGAGUCAAGUAGUGGUGAGAGUUCAGGGAGUAGCAGUGGAAAGAAUGAUCCUGCUCAUGGCUUACAAAUUGUGGGUAUGAGUGCUACAAUGCCGAAUGUCGGAGCAGUUGCUGACUGGCUUCAAGCAGCUUUAUAUCAGACCGAGUUUCGACCAGUUCCACUAGAGGAGUAUAUUAAAGUUGGUAACAUCAUCUAUAAUAAAAAGAUGGAAGUUGUGAGGACUUUACCAAAAGCUGCUGAUAUUGGAGGAAAAGACCCAGACCAUAUUAUUGAGCUUUGUAACGAGAUUGUCCAAGAGGGGAAUUCUGUGCUGAUAUUUUGCUCAAGUCGAAAAGGAUGUGAAUCAACUGCUAAGCAUAUUGCAAAGCUCAUUAAAAAAGUGCUUAUAGACGUAGAUGGUGAAAAUAGCGAGUUUAUGGAUAUCACAUCUGCUAUUGAUGCCCUGCGAAGGUCUCCAUCUGGAGUGGAUCCUGUACUAGAAGAAACUCUUCCCUCUGGGGUUGCCUACCACCAUGCUGGUCUUACAGUAGAAGAAAGAGAGAUAGUUGAGACCUGUUACCGUAAGGGUCUUGUACGUGUCUUAACAGCUACAUCCACUCUGGCGGCGGGGGUUAACUUGCCUGCAAGGAGAGUCAUUUUUCGGCAACCAAUGAUUGGCCGUGAUUUUCUUGAUGGAACAAGGUACAAGCAAAUGUCUGGUCGGGCUGGGCGGACUGGGAUUGAUACAAAAGGAGAAAGUGUGUUGAUUUGCAAACCAGGAGAACUCAAACGAAUAAUGGCGCUUCUGAAUGAGAGCUGCCCACCUUUGGAGUCUUGUUUAUCUGAAGACAAGAAUGGAAUGACUCAUGCAAUAUUAGAAGUUGUUGCAGGUGGAAUUGUUCAGACUGCCAAAGAUAUACACCGCUACGUUAGGUGUACUCUUCUGAAUUCUACAAAACCCUUUCAAGAUGUGGUCAAAUCAGCUCAGGAUUCCCUUCGGUGGCUGUGUCACAGAAAAUUUCUUGAGUGGAAUGAAGAGACAAAGUUAUACACUACAACACCCCUUGGACGUGGAUCUUUUGGCAGUUCACUCUGCCCAGAGGAGUCACUUAUAGUGCUGGAUGAUCUUCUAAGAUCACGUGAAGGACUAGUUAUGGCUUCUGAUUUACAUUUGGUUUACUUAGUCACACCAAUUAAUGUUGGUGUUGAACCAAACUGGGAAUUGUAUUAUGAACGGUUUAUGGAACUGUCUCCUUUAGAACAGUCUGUUGGCAAUAGAGUUGGAGUGGUCGAACCUUUUCUGAUGCGCAUGGCACAUGGUGCAACAGUGCGCACUCUAAACAAACCACAAGAUGUAAAGAAGAAUUUGCGUGGAGAAUAUGACAAUCGUCAUGGUUCAACGAGCAGUAAGAUGCUUUCAGAUGAACAGAUGCUUCGAGUGUGCAAACGAUUUUUUGUUGCCCUCAUCUUGUCAAAAUUGGUUCAGGAAGCUUCUGUAUCUGAGGUUUGUGAAGCCUUUAAAGUGGCUAGAGGUAUGGUUCAAGCGCUACAGGAGAACGCUGGAAGGUUUUGUUCCAUGGUUUCGGUGUUCUGUGAGAGGCUUGGAUGGCAUGAUCUGGAAGGCUUAGUUGCCAAACUUCAGAACCGUGUAUCAUUUGGUGUUAGGGCUGAAAUUGUUGAACUUACUAGCAUUCCAUAUAUAAAGGGUUCAAGAGCUAGAGCAUUGUACAAAGCUGGCUUGCGUACAUCUCAGGCGAUAGCAGAAGCAUCCAUCCCUGAAAUUGUCAAAGCUCUCUUUGAAUCUUCAGCGUGGGCAACAGAAGGUACUGGACAGAGAAGGAUACAGUUGGGAUUAGCCAAGAAAAUCAAGAAUGGGGCGCGCAAAAUUGUUCUUGAGAAAGCAGAAGAGGCGAGGGCUGCUGCAUUCUCUGCCUUUAAAUCGCUUGGUCUGGAUGUUCAUGACCUGUCUAAUCCAUUGCCGUUGGCUCCUGCUAGUAGUCUCUAUGGACUAGUAACUAUUGAAAGAGACAUUUCCAGAGGCAUUGUUGCUCCCAAUGGACUACAACAUGUUCCAGGACAAUCAAGCAUGGUUGGGCACAUGGAACGUGGAAACUUUGACACGGAUAAUCACAGAGAAAAGCCAAGGGAUGUAUCUGGUGCUGCCUUAGGAGUUUCAUCAGAAGUUAACUUGACCGAUCCUCUUCCUGACUUUCAACCUAUAGAAACUACAGUUGGCACUGAUGGGACUAAUGCUGCCAGUGAUGACAGAGAUAUCAGAAACGAGGAUAAUGCUGAGCAGUACUUGACGAGGAAUGCCGAUAUUCCUCUUAGUAAUAAGGAUAAUGCAGGUGAAAAGGGUCCAAUAACUGCAGGAAAUAUUCGUGGCGGAUUUGACUCUUUCCUGGAACUCUGGGAAUCUGCUGGGGAAUUUUUCUUUGAUAUCCACUUUAAUAAACUACAAGGCUUGAAUUCCCGCAUCUCUUAUGAGAUACAUGGAAUUGCGAUCUGCUGGGAUAGCUCUCCUGUUUACUAUGUCAAUCUUAACAAGGACCUUCUCAGCCUGGAAUGUGCAGAAAAGCUUUCCAAGGAUGCUGCUAUUGGCAAGAAAGAGGCUUUGGGUACCGAUGUUAUAAAAUCUAGGUGGAACAGAAUCAGAAAUAUAAUGGGGGAUGAAAAGACGAGAAAGUUCACAUGGAAUUUGAAAGUCCAGAUUCAAGUGCUCAAGAGUCCUGCUAUUUCAAUCCAAAGAUGCACUCGCCUGAAUCUUGCAGAAGGGAUCAGGGAUCUUGAGUUGGUGGAUGGAUCUUGGUUAAUGAUGCCUCAGCUUACCAUAAACCACACCAUUGACAUGAGCAUCGUGACAUGGAUUCUUUGGCCAGAUGAGGAAAGACACUCAAAUCCAAACAUAGAUAAGGAGGUAAAGAAAAGACUAUCACCAGAGGCAGCUGAAGCUGCAAAUCGCAGUGGCCGGUGGAGGAAUCAGAUUCGAAGGGUUGCCCACAAUGGUUGCUGCAGACGGGUUGCUCAAACGCGAGCCCUUUGUUCAGCUCUUUGGAAGAUCCUUGUCUCCGAAGAACUUCUUGAAGCACUCACAACCACUGAAAUGCCGCUGGUCAAUGUCCUUGCAGACAUGGAGCUGUGGGGUAUAGGCGUCGAUAUAGAGGGAUGCCUUGGUGCACGGAAUAUAUUGCGGGAUAAGCUGCGGUCCCUUGAGAAGAAAGCAUUUGAAUUAGCUGGCAUGACAUUUUCAUUGCACAACCCAGCUGAUAUUUCAAAUGUGCUGUUUAAACAGUUGAAGUUGCCCAUACCGGAAACCCAAAAUAAAGGGAAACUUCAUCCAAGUACUGAUAAGCAGUGCUUGGAUCUUUUAAGGAAUGAGCAUCCUAUUGUCCCAAUUAUCAAAGAGCACCGGACGUUGGCAAAGCUCUUAAAUUGUACACUUGGAUCAAUUUGUUCACUUGCCAAACUACGCUUGAGCACGCAAAGGUACACUUUGCAUGGACACUGGCUUCAAACAUCAACUGCAACUGGGCGGCUUUCCAUAGAGGAGCCUAAUCUCCAAUCUGUUGAGCAUGAAGUAGAGUUCACACUGGACAAAAAUGGAACGGAAGUAAAUUCAGAUUCUGACCGCUACAAAGUCAAUGCACGGGAUUUCUUUGUUCCUACUCAGGAAAAUUGGUUACUCUUGACGGCAGAUUAUUCUCAGAUAGAGUUGCGGCUUAUGGCACAUUUUUCUAGAGAUCCCUCGUUGAUUGCACAGCUUAGUCAGCCAGAAGGUGAUGUCUUUACAAUGAUAGCUGCCAAAUGGACUGGGAAGAACGAGGAUUCUGUUAGUCCGCAUGAUAGAGAUCAGACCAAAAGAUUGAUCUAUGGAAUUCUAUAUGGAAUGGGUGCAAACAGGCUUGCGGAACAGCUUGAAUGCAGCUCAGAUGAAGCCAAGGAGAAAAUCAGAAGCUUCAAAAGUUCUUUCCCUGCAGUCACCUCUUGGCUUAACGAAACAGUUUCAUUUUGCCAGGAAAAAGGGUACAUUCAGACUCUCAAGGGAAGAAGAAGAUUCUUGUCGAAAAUUAAAUUUGGGAAUGCCAAAGAGAAAUCUAAGGCUCAAAGACAAGCUGUAAAUUCUGUGUGCCAGGGCUCUGCUGCUGAUAUAAUCAAGAUUGCGAUGAUAAAAAUAUAUUCUACAAUUUCUGAGGAUAUUGAUAGUGCAGCAUCUAGUUCUUCAACUGAAACUAGGUUUCACGUGUUGAAGGGACGAUGCCGGAUUCUUCUACAGGUACAUGAUGAACUUGUGCUGGAAGUUGAUCCUUCUUACCUGAAAGAAGCUGCAAUGCUGCUACAAUCCAGCAUGGAAAAUGCGGUUUCACUUCUCGUCCCUCUACAUGUGAAACUGAAGGUUGGGAAAACAUGGGGUUCUUUAGAGCCGCUGCAGGCUGAUUAAGACAUCAACAAAAUCUCAGUUGUCUUUAAAUCUCUAUUUGAGAGCUUCAGAUUGUUUGACCAAGUCGCUCACAUGCGUAUUUGAUGACUCGAAAUGUUCCCACAUCCACAGCUUGACUCAAGGCAAUGCUCUGUUUCAAUCUUUCUUGUGCUUGAAGAUGGAAGUGGAGAGGAUCGGACCAUUCCAAAGGAAUUUUUCGGAUGCUGUGUUCAGAGUGCUCUCCUUAUCAGAUUCAAAGAGACUGUAAAUUUACAAACUUACAACCAUUAGCAGAUAGUUUUACUUAGACAAUGACUUUAACAUGACCAAAUUCAUAUGGAAAGAUUAGAAAAUGUAAUUUUUUUUCUGUAAAUACAUAGUUUUUCUAUAUGUACUCAUUGCUCAAAAAGAGUAAAUA